ACUCACUCUCUCUCUCUCUCUCUCUCCCUCUCCCUCUCCCUCUCCCUCUCCCUCUCCCUCUCCCCGGCUCCAUUUUCUCCGCCGCCGGGGGCCAGGGUCUCCUGUGGGGGACCCAGGCGGUACUCCAGAUCUCCCUUCUGGACCCGGGUGAACCCCCGGGAGAGCCGGAAGCGGGGAGACGGACAGGGGUUAGAGCGAAGGGAGCAGCGGCCCCAGCGAGUUUGGGGGGGGAGUAACCAGGCGGGGGAGGGGGCCUCUGGGCCCCCCCCAACCAUGGACGAGCGGCUGCUGGGGCCGCCCCCUCCGGGCGGGGGCCGGGGGGGCCUGGGACUGGUGGGUGGGGAGCCUGGGGCCCCUGGCGAGCCUCCGGGUGGUGGAGACCCCGGAGGGAGUAGCGGGGGGGUCCCGGGAGGCCGAGGGAAGCAAGACAUCGGGGAUAUUCUGCAGCAGAUAAUGACCAUCACGGACCAGAGCCUGGACGAAGCCCAGGCCAAGAAACACGCCCUAAACUGCCACCGAAUGAAGCCUGCUCUCUUUAGCGUCCUGUGUGAAAUCAAGGAGAAAACUGGCCUCAGCAUUCGAAGCUCCCAAGAGGAAGAGCCCGUGGACCCACAGCUGAUGCGCUUGGACAACAUGCUCCUGGCAGAGGGUGUGGCUGGCCCUGAGAAAGGAGGGGGCUCCGCAGCAGCAGCUGCAGCCGCUGCAGCAUCAGGGGGUGGUGUGUCCCCUGACAACUCCAUCGAACACUCGGACUACCGCAGCAAACUUGCCCAGAUCCGCCACAUCUACCAUUCAGAGCUGGAGAAAUAUGAGCAGGCAUGUAAUGAGUUCACGACCCAUGUCAUGAACCUGCUGAGGGAGCAGAGCCGCACGAGGCCCGUGGCCCCCAAGGAAAUGGAGCGGAUGGUGAGCAUCAUCCAUCGAAAGUUCAGCGCCAUCCAGAUGCAGCUCAAGCAGAGCACCUGUGAGGCCGUCAUGAUCUUGCGUUCCCGCUUCCUGGAUGCCAGGCGAAAACGCCGUAACUUCAGCAAGCAGGCCACUGAGGUCCUGAAUGAGUACUUCUACUCACACCUGAGUAACCCAUAUCCUAGUGAAGAGGCUAAGGAGGAGCUUGCCAAGAAGUGUGGAAUCACUGUCUCUCAGGUCUCCAACUGGUUUGGCAACAAGCGGAUUCGCUAUAAGAAAAAUAUUGGCAAGUUCCAAGAGGAAGCAAACAUCUAUGCUGUCAAGACGGCAGUGUCAGUGACCCAGGGGGGACACAGCCGCACCAGCUCCCCGACACCCCCUUCCUCUGCAGGCUCUGGUGGCUCUUUCAAUCUCUCAGGAUCCGGAGACAUGUUUCUUGGAAUGCCCAGCCUCAAUGGAGACUCCUAUUCUGCCUCCCAGGUGGAAUCACUCCGACACUCCAUGGGGCCAGGGGGCUAUGGGGAAAACCUUGGGGGAGGCCAGAUGUACAGCCCUCGGGAAAUGAGGGCAAAUGGCGGCUGGCAGGAGGCUGUGACCCCAUCCUCAGUGACAUCCCCAACAGAAGGACCAGGGAGCGUUCAUUCCGACACUUCCAACUGAUCUUGCCCCACAGGGGCACAGGAGUGGGGGCUUACAAGGCAGCUCUAAGAGGACACGGGCAUCCAGAAGACAAAUCCCAGACACAGAAGCACAAGACAAGAGAAGGGCAAAUAGGGUCAACCUCUCCCCUCCAAGGCUUUCAGUGAUGGGGGUGCUGACUACAUGGCAGGGAGAAUGGGGUGCCCUAAGGGGAGACUGGGGUCUCCCCCUUUCUCUGUUAUACAGAAACACACCCACCGAGAAUCCUGUUUCUCAGAUCUCUCUCUCUGAUAUGUACAAUAUAUACUAUUCUCUCUCUCUCCCACCCCACUUACCUGCUCUGGGAUCUGUGGAGCUGCCAGCCCUACCCAACCAGAGAUGCCAAAAAUGGGGACACAACUAAGGGACAGAUGACACGGGCCACACCCCUGGUGCCUCCCCACCCCCUGCUCCUCCAGACGGCUUUAUUACCUCAUACGCAGCUCAUCUUAAACCAAUAGAAUCGCUCGGUGGACAAGUGUCUGACUCAGAUAUCUACCUCGGAGGGAGUUUCUGCUACUUUAGGAAAUUGUUGACUGGGCUUUGGGGUUGAAUGGUCUUUGUUUUUUUCCUUUUUUUUUUUUUGAAAGAAAACGAAAUCCUGGAAUCCGUCUGUAUUUUAUUUUCUGGUUUGUUGUUGUUAGAUCUUAAUUUUUAAUUUAGUUUGGGGAAGUAGAUGCUUUUAUAAAUAUGUUGACUUCUUUAACUUCUUGCUUUCCCAUAUUAGGGGUGAUAGCAAAAGGUCAAGAUAAAAGAAAAGGG